AUGGCAGCAGGUGUAGCGGCAUGGCUCCCAUUCGCCCGGGCGGCAGCCAUAGGAUGGAUGCCUGUGGCGAGCACCCCGAUGCCCAUACCCCCCCAGGACCGAAAGAAGAUCCAGGAAGGACUGGUGGUGCUCAACGUGAGUGGGACUAAGUUUCAGACCUGGCGGACCACUUUGGAGAGGUACCCGGACACUUUGCUGGGCAGCACAGAAAGAGACUUCUUUUUCCACGAGGAGACGAACGAGUACUUUUUUGACCGUGACCCUGACAUCUUUCGACAUGUUCUCAAUUUCUACCGCACGGGGAAGCUCCACUACCCGCGCCAAGAGUGUAUCUCAGCCUACGACGAGGAGCUCGCCUUCUUCGGCAUCAUCCCUGAGAUCAUCGGAGACUGCUGCUAUGAGGAGUACAAAGACAGGAGGCGCGAAAACGCCGAGAGGCUGCAGGACGACGAGGAGAUGGACGCGAGCAAUGACGUCACGCCGGUGAACCUGACGUACCGGGAGUUUCUGUGGCGGGCGUUUGAAAACCCGCACACCAGCACCUUAGCCCUGGUCUUCUACUAUGUCACCGGCUUCUUCAUCGCCAUCUCCGUCAUGGCCAACGUGGUGGAGACGGUACCGUGCGGGACUCUGCCCAACAGGUCCAAAGAGGUCUCGUGUGGGGAUCGUUACGCACUGGCCUUCUUUUGUUUGGACACGGCGUGCGUCAUGAUAUUCACGGUCGAGUAUCUGCUCCGACUUAUAGCAGCCCCGAGUCGCUUCAAGUUUGUGAAAAGUGUGAUGAGCGUCAUCGACGUGGUGGCCAUCAUGCCUUACUAUAUCGGACUGGUCAUGACGGACAAUGAUCAGGUGAGCGGGGCUUUUGUCACGCUGCGAGUUUUCAGAGUCUUUCGGAUUUUCAAAUUCUCCCGGCAUUCUGCGGGACUCCGGAUCCUGGGCUACACUUUAAAGAGCUGCGCCUCCGAGCUGGGCUUCCUACUAUUCUCCCUCACUAUGGCCAUCAUUAUCUUUGCCACGGUCAUGUUUUAUGCAGAGAAAGGCUCCACAGCCACCAAGUUCACCAGUAUCCCCGCUGCGUUCUGGUACACCAUCGUCACCAUGACAACACUGGGGUAG